GCCACACUUCCAAUAUUUAACUAUGAGACGGCUGACGUUAACAUCUCAAUAAACAGAGGACGUAUUUAUUGUGAAAUUGGAGAUGAGAUUUUACUAUUUAAUUUAAAACGGUCUCUCAAAAGUUGCCAAAAUGGUAUUGGCAGAUUUAGGACGUAAAAUUACGUCCGCUUUGCAGUCUUUAAGCAAGGCAACUAUAAUAAAUGAAGAAGUUCUCAAUGGCAUGCUUAAGGAAAUUUGUGCGGCCCUUCUGGAAGCCGAUGUAAAUAUUAAAAUGGUCAAGCAGCUAAGGGAAAAUGUGAGGGCUGUAAUUGAUUUUGAAGAAAUGGCUGGAGGUCUAAAUAAGAGACGUAUGAUCCAAACUGCUGUGUUUCAAGAGCUCGUCAAACUUGUAGAUCCGGGAGUUAAGCCAUACCAACCCGUAAAAGGCAGGCCAAACAUCAUUAUGUUUGUUGGUUUACAAGGUUCUGGCAAAACUACAACGUGCACAAAAUUAGCUUAUCAUUAUCAGAAAAAAAAUUGGAAAUCAUGUCUAGUUUGUGCCGAUACCUUCAGGGCAGGCGCAUAUGAUCAAGUUAAACAGAACUGUACCAAAGCUCGGAUUCCUUUUUAUGGAAGUUACACCGAGGUUGACCCUGUUGUCAUUGCGCAAGACGGCGUAGACAUGUUCAAAAAGGAAGGGUUUGAAAUCAUUAUUGUAGACACCAGUGGGCGACACAAACAGGAAGAUUCACUAUUUGAAGAAAUGUUGUCAGUUGCCAACGCUGUCAAACCGGAUAAUAUUAUAUUUGUUAUGGACGCUACAAUCGGUCAAGCCUGUGAAGCGCAGGCCAGAGCUUUUAAAGAGAAAGUCGACAUCGGUUCUGUUAUAAUAACCAAACUCGAUGGCCACGCGAAAGGUGGUGGUGCACUUAGCGCGGUAGCUGCCACUCAUAGUCCCAUAAUUUUCAUCGGAGUGGGAGAACACAUCGAUGACCUGGAAGUUUUCAAAACCAAACCAUUUAUUAGUAAAUUGUUGGGAAUGGGAGAUAUAGCGGGGCUCAUAGACAAAGUGAAUGAGCUAAAACUCGAAGAUAACGAAGAACUGUUGGAAAAAAUCAAGCAUGGUCAGUUUACUUUAAGAGACAUGUACGAACAGUUUCAAAACAUCAUGAAAAUGGGCCCAUUCUCGCAAAUUAUGGGAAUGAUACCAGGAUUUAGCCAGGAUUUUAUGUCGAAAGGGAGCGAGCAAGAAUCUAUGGCCAGGCUGAAACGGCUCAUGACCAUGAUGGACAGUAUGAACGAAAGCGAGUUGGAUAGCAGAGAUGGGGCAAAAUUAUUUUCAAAGCAGCCCGGACGAGUAACUCGCGUAGCUCAAGGCUCCGGAGUAACUGAAAGGGAGGUAAAAGAGUUAAUUACGCAAUACACGAAAUUUGCUGCGGUCGUUAAGAAAAUGGGCGGCAUCAAAGGUUUGUUCAAAGGGGGCGAUAUGGCCAAAAACGUUAACCCCACCCAGAUGGCCAAGCUCAAUCAACAGAUGGCGCGCAUGAUGGAUCCGAGGGUACUACAUCAGAUGGGCGGCAUGGCCGGACUGCAAAACAUGAUGCGGCAGCUUCAGAGCGGGGCCGCUGGGGGCCUGGGCGGUCUCGGUAAUCUUAUGAGCGGGUUUGGUGGAAAGUAAAUGUCUAUUUUCGAUAUUAUAGUUUUGUAAAAUAAAGUCAUGUA